AAAAAGCAUUUCUGUCUUCAUAUACAUACACGUGUUCAUUUCUCUGUGACUUUCAUUUUUCUCCGUAUUGUAUUGAUGUCUCUGUGCGCCUAUGUCCCUCAAUACUCAUCUCCCUGUGUACUCAUCUCCCUGUGUACUCAUCUCCCUGUGUACUCAUCUCCCUACAUACAACAGGAAAUCUUCUGGCCUUCCUCGAGAAGAAAUCUUCCUCCAACCGUGACCGUUACUACCUCAAAAUGGCUGCCGAGGUGGCCGAGGGGAUGCGCUUCCUGGAGGAAGAGGGCUGCGUGCACCUUGAUCUUCGUGCGGCCAACAUUCUUCUCGACGACGGCUUCGGCUGCAAGAUCGCGGGAUUCCAGCUCGUCCGCAAGCUCGCGGGCGAGGUGUAUCAAAUCAGUGAAGGAGAUAUGCUGCCCGCACGCUGGUGUGCCGUCGAGGCGUUCACUACCAAAGUCUGGACGUCCAAGUGUGACUCCUGGUCUUUCGGGGUGCUGCUCUUCGAGAUUUACACGGACGGCACCCUCCCUUACAAAGGGAAGACGCACAGGGAGGUGGUUGAGCUGCUGAAGCAGGGAAUCCGCCUACCCCGUCCAAGCGUCUGCCCUGAUGCCGUGCACCGCGUCAUGUCCUCCUGCUGGCAUGAGGACCCACUGACGCGUCCCGACUUUGGCGAGAUGUACACCUCCCUGAGCUCACUCAUCCGGGCCUAAGCUCCACUUUCGGGUUGACACCUUUUUCACUGUAAUCCAAGCCUGGUACAGAGGAUGUCGUGUGUUUAAUCCCGACCCUGAUGGCCGUAUAUUUGAAGUUUGCAUGUUCUCUCUCGCUCCCCGCACUCGCGUUAAUUUUUCU